AUGGAUAUGAACGGUGGAAAACCACUCUCACCAUGGAAAGUUCCAUCACGUAUAUCAUUAAAACGUAUUCGUCAUAAAAUCAAUUCAGAUUUAACAUUACAAACACUUUCAUCUGCAACAAAUGAGAAAAAUUCUCAAAAAUUAAAUGGAAAACGACAACGUCCCAUGAUUAAUAAAUUUGCUUUAGCACGUUCAAUAUCAACACCAACAUCAGAUGAAAAUGUUACACCAACUAUAACAACAACGACAUCAGAAAAAAAUCUUCAUAGUAAUAAUAAUGAUGAAUAUCUUCUUGCUAAACUUCAUCAAAUUAUGCCACCACCAUCAUUUGUAUCAACUGUUUCAACUGAUAAUCAUUUUCAUUCGACAAUGAAAAGUUUUUCAUUUGAUGAUACAUUUAAUAAUUCUCCAGAAUCAAAUAAAAUAUCUGAUGAAUCUAUUUCUUUAUUUCCAAUUGAUUGGUCAUUAAAAUCAUCAUGUCGAUUUCAUUCUUUAAAUUCAUCAGCAUUUUUAAAUAAUUUUAUGAAACUUCGUUCAACGGAUGAAUCACUUGCAUUAGAAUAUAUUUGUUCAAAUAUAAAUCAAGAUAAUGAUAAAGCAUUAUUUCGUUCAUUAACAUCAUAUUGGACUUAUCCACAUAUAGCAUGGCUUAAAUUAUUUCCACGUUCACAACAACAGCAACAACAACAAGUGAAUAUGAAUUUAGCAUCAUUAGAUGAACAAUCACAAAUAGCUAUACAAGAUGAAUGGAAAGUGGCAUUUCAAUCACUUUUUCAAGCAUUUAGAACAAAAUAUUCAACAUUUUUUUAUAUGUGUACACAUACAUUUAAUAUUUUAUUUCGAGAAGAUUCUUCAUCGCAAAUUGUUGCAAUUAUUUCUCCAACAACAAGUGGAUUAAGAUCAGCACUUGAACGAGAAGGAAUUGAAUUUACAAUGGCUGAUGGUAGUGAUUCAUUAAAUAAUUCAGCAAAUAAACCAAAUGAUGAUGGUGAAGAAGAUGAGAAUGGUGAUGAGAAUGAUGCAACAUGUGUUCAAUGGUUAGAAGAUAUUGGUUUAUCUGCAUCAUCUUCGACAAAUACAAAUAAUGAACGACGAGGUGUAUCGUCAAAGAAAAAACCUUCAAAUGAUAAAACACGUUCAACAACAAUUCUUAUUCGAGAUUUAUCUUCUGUAAAUAGUUUAUUUAAUUUUCUUCUAAAUAAAUCUCAACGAACAUGUAUGGCAUUAACUGGACCAUUAGCUGGAAUACCACCAACAUUAAUAUCACCACGUCCAUUUCUUAAUUCAACAUUAAAAUAUUUAAAUGUUCAUUUUCAAUCAAAUUCAAUGGUUACAAUUGAUGGUGGACCUUUAUUACCUGAUCGUUUAAAAGGUUUAUGGAAUCUUCUUACAGAUAAAUCUCAAGAAAUACAAAUGGUAUGUACAAAUGUUGAACGAACAUCAUCAUUAAAUUUAGAUGGUGAACAUGGUCGAACAAUCAAACAAAUUUCUAUAAAUGAAAAUCGAGAUUUACGUGUACAAUUUACAACAAUUUGA